AUGAGAAUCCGCUCCACUGCCGUAGAGGAGACAGGAUCGCUCGAAGCAGCUGAAGUAAUUUUGUCUGCUGUUUCCACAACCCAGCCUGCAGCAGGAGCUCUUCCAGUCGCACGCGGUGAUGCGCUGCGUGACAUCGGAGACUAUUAG